CCUAAUCUCUUUCCUUUUACGUAUUUUUAAAGGCAAAACCUCCCCCGUGGGUCCUACAUUCUUCUCCUCCAAUUCUUCAAAAAAAAGAACUUGUCCAUUCUUCUUCUCUAAGCAAAACAAACAUGGGAAUUUCAUGGAGUAAAAGGCAGCAAAAUCAUCAUCACCACCACCACCACCCCCACCCCCACCCCCACCCACGCCCACCACCACCAACACCACUACCACCAUCUUCUUCUAUUCCUCCACCCUUUCCCUCUUUUUCUCCACCACCACCACCACCACCACCCCACCCACCCUACUCCUUUCCCCUACUCCCACCACCCCACAACGCGGGCCCCAGUAAUUAUUACCCCUAUCAUGCUAAUUACAGUCAGACUAGUAAUUAUGGUAGUACUAGACUACCACCACCACCACCUGUAGUCUAUCAAAAUUAUAAUUAUCCUCCUUAUUAUCGUCCUCAUAGUAAUAAUGGAUGGGGUUUAGGGUUUAGGCCUCCGCUGCCGGAAGUGCCGUAUGUGGAUCACCAAAACGCAAAGCAGAUUAAGAAUGAUGUUAAUGUUCAUAAGGAUACUAUAAGGCUUCAAGUUGAUGAGUUCAAUAAGGAUUUCCAUUUGGUUUCUUUUACUUUUGAUGCCCUUGUUCAUGGAAGGUACUUGAUCAUGUUUCUCCUUGCUCUCUAUUCAUAUACUUCUGCUUUGAUUUAAUUGUUCAGUUUUAAUUAAU